UGCUGAUGAUGAUGAUGAUGACGACACAUGAAUUUAGCCUAGUCCGCUUCCUACUUCCUUAUCCUGGCUUGGUUCUCUGCUUCAUCAACCUUUCUUGCGAUAAAAAUACAAAAUGUCCCACCAAACGGGCAUACAAGCUGGUAACGACGUGAAGGACAUCUUUGCCAGUGCGAGGUGUGGAGACCAAUAUCGACUCUUAAAGAUUGUGAUUGAGGAUGAGCAGCUAGCUUUGGGCGAGACCAGGCAAGCAUCAAAGACAUGGGACCAAGAGUAUGACUCGUUAGUCCUGCCUCUACUACAGGACGACCUGCCAUCUUAUAUCCUGUACCGACUGGACUCCUCCAACAACCAGGGCUAUGAGUGGAUCUUCAUGGCCUGGUCACCUGACCACUCUCCUGUGCGACAUAAGAUGUUAUACGCUGCUACCAGGGCCACACUAAAGAAGGAAUUUGGUGGGGGGCUUAUCAAAGAUGAGCUCUUUGGCACUACAAAGGAGGAUGUGUCUCUGAGUGGCUACAAGAAGUACCUGGUGACCAAGGCCGCACCACUACCACUCACUGCUGCUGAGGAGGAACUGAGACAGAUCAAACUCAGUGAGGUGCAGACUGACAUCAGUGUAGACACCAAGCAGCAGACACUGCAGGGGGUGGCGUUCCCCAUGCAUGGAGACGCGUUCGAGGCGCUCAAACGAUUCAGAGACAAGCAAGUCAACUACGUACAACUUGAAAUAGACUUUGCCAAAGAACUCAUUAGGUUGUCUAACACUGAACCAACCGAGGUGAAAGACCUGCCCAAGAGGAUCCCCACAGAGUCUGCUCGCUAUCACUUCUUCCGCUACAAUCAUUCCCACGAGGGAGACUACCUGGAGUCCACAGUGUUCAUUUAUUCCAUGCCGGGGUACAAGUGCAGCAUCAAAGAGAGGAUGCUCUAUUCCAGUUGCAAAAAUCCCCUGGUGGACAUGGUGGAGAACAACAUGCAAAUUGACAUUUUGAAGAAGCUCGAGAUUGAAAGUGGGGAAGAGCUGACUGGUGAUUUCCUGUAUGAGGAAGUCCAUCCCAAGCAGCACGCACACAAGCAGGCCUUUGCCAAGCCCAAGGGCCCCGCUGGGAAGAAGGGAGGACGCCGCAUCACCAGACCGCCCGGAGAUGGAGAAGAGGAUGACUAAACAGACCCACACGCUCCAUAAUGGAACAUUCCAAGUGAUGGAAGGAAAGAUUAUUUGAAACAACCUCUUGUAAAAAAUAAAUAAAAUAAAAUAAAAAAACUUCUAAACCCUCGAAACUCACCCAGAGACUGAACUAUGCACGCCAAUGGACAACUGAGCUGAAACACACUUGAGAAUGUCCAUUUGUAGCCUGCGAUUCAUUCAAAGUAUUUUACUGAGCUAUUCAGAGGUUAGAACAAGUUAAGUAAGAAAGGUUUUUACACUGUUGCCGAGAAUAAAAAAAUAUGUUAGUGCGACUAAUGUGAAUUGUGCCAAUGUGACGAAUCCUCCAUGAGUUGAGUUCACAUGCUUGCAAUCAUUCCUUGCAUUCCUCUUAGAUCAAUGCCAAUUUGUUAUGUGUUUCCUGUACCUAAAGUUGAUCAAAUGUCUCCAUCAAUAUGUGGGCACAGCUAUGAAGAGGUCCAAACUCCACUUAAAGAUGUAAUAUUGGCUCCUGUCAUUUUUCUUCUUUUAAAAAAAAUAUUGGAACAUUUCUUUUUUGAUAACUGUGGUUUACAUAAAACACAUCUGCUGAGAAAUGUAUUUUUCUAUGCAAGUGCUGUACAUGUUGUAGGUGUUCUGCUCUGUCUGUGAUGAAAAGGUAUUGUCUGUACUGAUCUGUCUAUCUAUAGUGUCAAUGAGGGUCACGUAACGGAGAGAACAGGGGCUUCCACUAUUUCAUAGCUCUGAUUAGCAUUCGAGGAAGCUAAGUAUGCUACUGUGCCAGCUCCUAUGGUGUGAAUGCAGGGUGGGAGUCCCAGAGACAGUGAUUCCAAAUGGAAUUUCUUUCUGCCACAGUCACUUGCCUACUGAUUUAUUGUAUGGCAAAUCACUAGUUUAACACCUCAUCUUCGGACAAGGGAAUACACUCUCAUGAGAACUGUCUUGUUUGUUCUUAAGUUGUUUAUUUUUCUUAAAACAGCUGCUUUUUAAAAAGGAAAAUAAAAAUAUUUACGUCAAACAUA